CUGUAGCGCGCGUGGGUUCAGAGGCAAACAUUCCAGAACAUCAAGCGAGAUAAAAGGAACUCGUCGCGGAAGACCAGGGGAUGGAAUUAUAAAAAUUUGUGCCAUUUUGCGACAAAAAGACGAACCAGACUCGCAAAAAAGACACAGCUCACAGCCAGGCGAGAAAUAUCUGGUUCGUUUAAUCUCAAGAGUUUAUAUAUUUUCGCGAAACGUUUGUUGUGAAUUAAAUCCUUGUGAAAGAGGAAAACAAUACAGCACACGCUUAACACGGCGGAUAAGCAGGAAAGUGGUUUUUCCGACGCUGGAAAAGCGCGAAAAAAAAAAAACUGAGAAGCAAACAAACCAGAAAGAAGAAGUGCCCGCCGGUAAUCCCUGGAGUGUAUAAAUGUUUGAGGAUUUGUUGAAUUUAUAAUCGUCGACUCGACUGGACAAAGACAGCAGCAGGAACGGGUGGGGCAGGAGACCACAGGACAAGGAUAUCUGGCCGUGGUCGUCGGUGCUGUAGAGGACGAUAAAACCCUCGGCUGUGUUGUUACUCUGCCGUCUGCUGCUGUCUGUGCCGGAAUUGUGUGGUGAAGAUACGCUCAGCCAACGCCGGACAGUGUGGCAUUGACAUAAAUAACUAAAAAGCAUCGGUCUCGUCACUUUACGUCAGUGUGUUACUAGCCCCCAGCUGGCAGCUCAAAAAUUUAUCACCAAUUCCAGAAAAAUCUGCUCAGCUCGUGUUGAUAAAUAGUGCUGGUAGCCAGAACAAAUACAAAUUUCCUAAAAUGUACCAAUUACCGGGGCCACCCCCACAACCACUUCGCGGUUGGCAACAGUGCCGGCGGCGACGGCUGUCGCUAGUGGUGGUGAUGGUGCUGCUGGCAACACUGGUGACCACAACCGACGCGAUGAGCUGCCCGCAGAAAUGCUCUUGCCAACAGCGAACGGUGCGGUGCGUCAAGCAGCAGCUCGAUAAGAUUCCGGAAAUGCCGCUUGACACCAACAUUGUCGACCUCCGGUACAACCACAUUCGCGAGGUCCCAACGGACGCAUUCGCCGGUCUGUCCCACCUGCACACGGUAUUCCUGAACGAAAACCAGCUCCGACGCAUCGAGCCCGGUGCGUUCCGCGGUUUGCCGGGCCUCAAGUAUCUCUACCUGAACAAGAACCGCAUCGUCGAAGUGGCACCGAGCGCGUUCGACUCGCUGGAUCGACUGCAGAGCCUGUAUUUGCACUUCAACAAUAUUACCGCGUUCGAGAAGGGCACAUUUUCCAACAUGGCAGCACUGGAGCGACUCUUCCUGUACGGCAACCAGAUUCGGCGGAUCCCGGAGGGUGCCUUCGCCGGGCUGCCAGCGCUGAAGCAUCUCCGGCUGGACGACAAUCCGCUGGAAUGUGACUGUUCGCUGCUGUGGUUCCGCCGGGUGCUGCACGAGGCGCGCCAAACGCUGCUCGCGACCAGUUCCUGCGCCACGCCGGAGCAGCUCGUCGGCAAGAGUUUGGCCGACCUGGGCGAGGACGACUUCCACUGCACCAAACCGGAGAUUGUGUCCGAGCCCCGAGAUAUCGAGAUAAGCAACGGCCAGACGGCGGUGUUUACGUGCAAGGCCCACGGCGACCCCCGGCCGGAAAUUGUGUGGAUGCUGGACGCGGGCGAGAUCCACUCGGACGAUACGCGGAUUAACGUCCUGCCGGACGGGUCGCUGCGCAUCGACGAAGUGACGGCGGCGGACGCCGGCAUGUACGAGUGCCGCGCCCGCAACAACAUGGGUCAGGUGCAGUCCCGGCCGGCCCGGAUGGUCGUCAGCAACGAGGUCAUCGAAACGGAGGCGGAAGCACCGAAAUUCAUCCAGACGCCGCCGGCCGAAGUGGAGCUAAAGGUUGGGGCGGCCCUGGUGCUGCACUGCGUUGUUUCCGGGGCACCCACGCCGAGCAUUCUGUGGAAGUUUAACAACCAAAAUAUCCAGAACGGCCGCAUCAAACUGUUCGGCAACGGGUCGCUGAUCCUGCCGGUGGCCACGCUCGACGACGGCGGCGUGUACAGCUGCUACGCCGGAAACGCCAUCGGGAACGUGUCCGUCAACGCCACGGUGCAGGUGAACGCAGCCGGACCAGCGUCAACAUCUGCUGCCCCAGUUUCUUCAGCUUUGCCACCAUCAUCAUCGCCAACGCUUCCGUCGACGCCUGCCGGAACAUCGGUGCAGGAUGAAACGGUGUCCCCGGCAGCGUCCACUACCCUGACGGUUAAAGCAUCCCCGGUGGUGACGAUCGCCGGCCCGUCCGGACCGCGGACGCUCAAGACGGGUGACCAGCUGACGCUGGUGUGCGAAACGGAGGGAAACCCGGUUCCGCACGUGGAGUGGCUACGCCGGGGCGAACCGAUAACGGAAACGAACCGCAUCUACUUCAGCGACGACGACAGCGACUUUGAGCUGACACUGACGAUCGAGCACGUGAAGGAGUCCGAUUCGGGAUCUUACGAGUGCCGGGCGGAGAACGAGCUGGGAACGGCCUCCUCCGGGGCGGUCGAGGUGACCGUGAUAAAUGACGUCGGUCCGCCGCGGUUCCUGUUCGAGCCGUACGACCUGGACGCCAUCGAGGGAACGACCAUCGAGCUGCCGUGCAAGGCCGAAGACGACGACGAUGUCCUGCAGACCAAGUGGCGCAAGGAUGGCCGAACGCUGACCCAAACGGACAAGUAUCGGCUGUCGACGGCCGGAAGCCUGUUCAUCACCAAUCUGACCGAGGCGGACCAGGGCAGGUACGAGUGCUCGCUGCUGAACCAGUUUGGCCGGGCCACGGCCAGCGGGCUGCUGACGGUCAAGAAAAAGCUGGAACUCCUGCCCGGCGACCAAUUCGUGCGCAUCGCCAUCGCCGAAGCAUCCCGCGAGGUGGACCUCGCCAUCAACCAAACCAUCGCAAAGCUCUUCUCGGGCAACGCGUCAACGGCCCAGCACCACGGUGACCUGUUCCGGAUCGUCCGCUUCCCGACGGGUCCCGCCCGUGAGUUGGCCCGCGCUGCCGAGGUUUACGAGCGGGCGCUGGUUAACAUUCGGCGCCACGUGGACACCGGCAAGGCUUUGACGACCAACAGUUCGGACUUUAACUACAACGACUUGCUGUCGCCGGACUAUUUGGACCUGCUGGCACAACUGUCUGGGUGUAUGGCACACCGGGUGACGCCAAACUGUACGGAUUUGUGUUUUCAUGCCAAGUUUAGGACGCUGGAUGGGUCGUGUAACAACUACAAGAAUUCGGGGUGGGGAUCGUCGCUGACUGGGUUCCGACGACUGCUGCCUCCGAUCUACGAGAAUGGGUUCAACAUGCCGAUUGGUUGGAACAAGACCAAGAUGUACAACGGGUUCGCCAAGCCUAGUCCGAGGUUGGUAUCGACGCGGUUGAUCUCGACCGAGGAGAUUACGCCGGAUGAACGGAUCACGCACAUGGUGAUGCAGUGGGGUCAGUUUUUGGAUCACGAUCUGGAUCAUGCGAUUCCGUCGGUAAGUUCGGAAAGUUGGGACGGUGUUGACUGCAAGAAGACUUGUGAGUACGCGGCGCCUUGUUAUCCCAUUGAAAUUCCGGAUGGGGAUCCUCGCGUUCACAACCGACGCUGCAUUGACUUUGUUCGAUCGAGUGCCGUUUGUGGUUCCGGAAUGACUUCGAUCUUCUUUGGAACUGUGCAGCCGAGGGAGCAGAUCAACCAGCUGACGUCGUUCAUUGACGCGUCGCAGGUUUACGGAUAUUCGGAGAACUUUGCCCGUGAGUUGAGGAAUCUGACGACGGACGAUGGAUUGCUGAGAGAAGGACCGCAUUUUCCUAAUCAAAAAUCGCUGCUGCCGUUUGCAGCUCCCACCGAUGGAAUGGACUGUCGGAGGAAUUUGGAUGAGAGCACCGUGAACUGUUUCACGGCUGGAGAUAUUCGAGUUAAUGAGCAGUUGGGCCUGCUGGCGAUGCAUAUUGUAUGGUUCCGGGAGCACAAUCGAAUCGCUGGAGAGUUGAAGCGAGUCAAUCCUCACUGGGAUGGGGACAAGUUGUAUUUUGAGAGCAGGAAGAUUGUCGGAGCGAUCGUGCAGCACAUUACGUACGAACACUGGUUGCCACUGAUCAUUGGCGAUCGUAUGGAACCGUACACCGGGUACGACUCCUCAAUAAAUCCGUCAAUUUCGAACGAGUUCGCUACGGCUGCUUUGCGUUUUGGACACUCGCUGAUUAAUCCAGUCCUGCACCGACUAAACGAAUCAUUCGAACCGAUCACCCAAGGCCACAUCCCACUGCAUAAGGCCUUCUUUGCACCGUGGAGGAUCGUGUACGAAGGUGGAGUGGAUCCGCUGCUGCGUGGUUUGAUUUCGGUCCCAGCCAAGCUGAAGAAACCGAACCAGAACUUGAACGUCGAUUUGACUGAGAAGUUGUUCGAGACGGCUCACGCCGUGGCGCUGGACCUGGCCGCGAUCAAUAUUCAACGAUCGCGGGAUCACGCGCUGCCCGGGUACAAUGACUACCGGAAGUUCUGCAACAUGAAGAAGGCUGCCUCAUUCGACGAUUUAAAGCAGGAGAUUACGAGUGAAACGGUUCGCGACAAAUUGAAAGAGUUGUACGGCCAUCCGGACAACAUCGACCUGUGGGUUGGUGGAAUUCUGGAAGAUCAACUUCCGGGUGCUAAAGUUGGCCCACUGUUCAAGUGUUUAUUGAUGGAACAGUUCAACAGGCUACGUGAAGGCGAUCGCUUCUGGUACGAGAACGAUCAAUUUAAGCCGGAACAGCUGGCUCAGAUUAAGAGGAUCACGCUGGGUAGCGUGCUUUGCAGCACGGGUGACAACAUAACCCGUGUUACCGACAACGUGUUCGUGCUACCGAGCAAACAGGGCGGCUACAAAUUCUGCGACGAAAUUGCACAAAUCGAUUUUGAACACUGGGUUGAGUGCAGCGAAUGUUCGCGACAUCACAAACGCUACACUACGCUGUCCAGACAGCGAAGAUCGGUUCGAGCCAAGCGCGAUCUUGAACCACAAUUGGCUAGGAAAGCCUCACCCGAGAACCACCUGGAACUGGAGGACGCCUUCAUCGAUGACGACAUGAACGAAGAGCGCAUCGAAGGACUGGAAUCGCUGAUCGAGACGUUCCAAAAGUCGAUGAAGCAAAUGCGCCGGAAGAUCCGCAAGCUCGAGCAGCAGUGCUCGGCGUCUGCGACGUCAGGUACAAACCCGACCAAGGGUAAACCCCACGGUCACUGCGUUGACAGUAAGGGCAUCAAACGGUUGAACAACGAGAUCUGGAUGCGGGACGACUGCACCAAGUGCGAGUGUGAACAUCACCAGAUCAGCUGCGAGACUGAGCGCUGUGCGGAGCUUAUUUGCGAGAAUGGGCUGGUCCAGCUCAAGGAGGACGGCAAGUGCUGCCCGAGUUGCGUUGUUGAUGAUAGUGCGGCGCAGGCGACGGUGACCGCCAAGGACGGGGGGCAGUAACUGAUGACGAGCGCGUUCACGAGUUUUUAGGGUUAGUGUUUUUUCCAAUUAGUCGUUGAAGGCAUUUCGUGGAUAUUCCACCGACGCGGCACGAUCUUUCUGUAGUAUUUCUAGCUGCGGAAUUGGUUUUAAACCUUAGCUGAGUCAAAAUGAAACUAUUCUAGCAUUCUUAGGUGCGCGUUAAACAACCGUUUUGGGCUAGAACCAAACUUUACGUUGAUCAUAACUUGAAAAUUUGCUAGCUCAUAGCUCAACCUUUUAUUACAAUGUAGUUUCGAAUAGCAGUAUGAAGCCGUUUAGUUGAAAAGAUCGACUCGACUUACAAUGACUAGAAAAUCAAAACUGAUAGCAAGCACUCUACAAAACUCAAUAGUCUUCGUCUUCACCAGGGUCACGAACCAUGAUUUGUGCUGUAAAUAUACUCGUAUCAUAGCAAAUCUUUCUCGAACAUUUUGAAUCAACACGACUGCUCUCUGAUAUACAAGCAGUCCCUCAAGUUAAACCAAAUACAUAUGACAAAAUGAAAAAGACUCGAAAUCUCGAGAAGAUCGUCAAAACCAAAUAAUGAAAAAUCCUCUCUAACAAAACGAAAAUCGUUGCGAUUGCAACUCUGACUACCAAAGUGAACGAUACAAGAAUAAAGCUAGCGUUGAAGAAAACCCUAGGCACUUAAGAGAAUGGUGAAUGAAGAGAAAACAAGACAUGGAAUUGUCAUCAAGCGUACAUUAGCGGUGUAGUAAAAGUUGAACAAAUUUUACCUUAAAACUUCACAUUGAACCGAGCUCGAGCUGCAUAAAAAGAAAAUCGUGACUAAUACAAAAAAAACAAACACAAAAAAAAUAAUCAACCAACUGAAUUGAAACCAAUAAACUAAAUCAAUUAAA